AUGUUUGCAAACGUACGCAUCACGUGGCUUCUGCUUUGCUUCCCUGUGGUCGAUGCUGCCUUGAAGCUUUUGCUGGAGCCAGAGGAGAGACCGAUCAAGAUCGGAGCUUUUCAGGGGGUGGAGCACCGGUGGAAUGUGAACAAGUCGUUGCGAGUACGGGGGAGCAACGGCACGGUUUCCUGCAUGAAGAUACCUGGAAUGCUGCCAAGGGAGACGGCCAGCCGGCUCUUGUCCCUGGUCAAAGGCAGUGCGGCGUACGACCUCGAGCCUGACUCGGUGGAUCAAAUGCCAAGUUUCGAGUUCUAUCCCAUGGUUGCUGGGAAAUGGGUGGACGAGGCCCUGAAAGACGAGCUGGACGCGUUUGCGCAGACGGUUCUGCUACCUUACGUGCGCCAGGUCUACAGAUGCAGCCACUGCACCCUGGCUGACAUCCUGGUUCGAAGGUAUGUCGCAGGGGAGCGACGCACGCACCAGCUUCACUUUGAUAGCCAUGCCUUUGUCACUGUGGUCCUUGGCCUGAGCGACCCCUCAGAGUUCGAAGGUGGGCUGUACAUCCAGUCUGGACCGAAUGCCAGUUCCCGUGAGUUCGUACCUUUGGAGCCCGGGGAUGUUUUUGUGCACUCCUUUGACCUACAGCACGGGGUUCGUUUGUGGAAGGGGACUCGCUACAGCCUCGUCUUUUGGAUUAAGACGUCUUUGCAAGCUGUGGUGGACGGCACUGCGCCGUGGUAUGAGGUUGCCGCAGGACGUAGAGAUCCAGAUGCUCUGUUCAACUUGGCAGGGCAAUAUCUUGAGGGUACCUCUGGGCGAGAUGCCAACCCGAAAAAGGCAGCUGAACUGUAUGAGCAGGCUGCUGCAAUGGGACAUCUUGGUGCCCAAACACACCUGGGGCUUUUGCUUGCAGAAGCCGAUGGACCCGAUCUGACAGCAAGUGCAAGAUGGCUCCAAUCGGCUGCAAAAGCGGGGGACGUGCUGGGUCAAAAGAGCCUGGCAUUUGCAUAUGCAAACGGGCAAGGUGUUCAGCAGAACUUGACCCGCUCGGCAAAGUGGAUGGCGCGAGCAGCGGAGCAAGACGAUUUGGAAGCUGCCUACGUCUUAGGAACUAUGUACUUGCAUGGCCAAGGAGUCAAGGUCAGUCGUCCACAGGCCGAGCGCUGGUUGAGGCAGAGUGCCGAGGCUGGCUAUGCUGAGGCACAGCGGGAGAUGGCACUUUUCGAGAAGGACAAGGCAUCAAACUCACCUGAGGAAGUGAACUUCACAGCUGUUGCAGCUUGGCUCCAGCUGGCCGCGCGACAGGGUGACCGUGAGGCAAGACUCCUUUUAGCGGACUUGUAUUCCCGACAGAACCGACAUACGGAUGCCUUGCAACUCUGGCGGAAGCUGGCCAAACUGGGAGAUGCCCAGGCACAGUGGCAGCUUGGCAAGUGCUACGCAGAGGGACGGGGCACGAAGGCGAAGCCAAAGAAGGCGCUGGCCUUCUUUUCAAAGGCUGCCGCUCAGGGCCAUGAGGAAGCGGCUCAAGACCUCUCCAGGAUUUCGGGCUCCAUGAAAACGAGAAAGGGCAGCAUGAGGGUCGCGCAUGGGGAAAUUAGUCCGCGAAGGCCACAGUCCGAUGUCUCUCAUUGGCUGCCCAUGCCAUCGCCAAGCUGCUCAAGCCUUCAUAAGGCUGAGCAAGGAUUCAUAGCCAUAGCGACACUUUCCUUAAAGCUACGAAUGUCUCCGAUGCAACCGUUUGCCUGUUGCCUAUUUGCACAUACAGAGAGAGACAGGGAUUGCCAGCCGCGACACCCCCCAGGCCCUGUGACAGCUUACGAAGCCAUUGGAGGCACCAAGUCUUAG